AUGAAUCCACAUCAGAAAAACAAGAUUGACAUUAGCAAACUGUCGGCAGACGAGCAACGUUUGUUCAGACUCUAUGGCAAACUCCCAAACAAAAAAGACCUUUUGCAGAACAAGUUGAAGGAACGCAAGUACUUCGACUCUGGUGACUACGCACUUUCCAAAGCUGGCAAGGCCUCAGACACGGGCGUCACCACAAUCGGUACCGAACACCCCAAGGCCGAGGAGAUCCCGCACAUGUCUCCGCUCAAUCAUACUCUUUCACGCUCCGACUCUAUUGCCCCAGGAACCCCCGGCUCCCUUGCCACUUCUCCAGACAGCUCGGGCCCAACACAACUGCCCCCAGUUGGCGGUGGAGGACCAGGCGGCAUUCAUCGGGGCAGUAUCAACGGAAUCCCCGGCGGCGGUUUGCCCGGCGCGGCGGCAAGCAGGAGCCCGGUUAAGGAGAGUAGUUUUCUGGCACGAAGUGCGAGCAUGGAUGAACAUGAUGGUAAUCAAUCCUCUGAGCAACAGGGCACCGGGAACAUGUUGGAGGGAAGUGUCAGUCCACCGGUCCAGAAGGCAGGAAUUCCUAUCCGGAGAUGA